AUGGAUUACGGGUUACGCAAAGCUGUAGAGAAUUCUCCAUGUGGUAGGUUUAUUCGAUACAACGAAAAGUUGUUUGGAGGGGCUUACAAAGAUGUUUACGUAGGGUUUGAUCGUGUUGAGAAUAUUGAAGUGGCGUGGAACCAAAUCGAUUUUGAAGGAGAAUAUGAUGAAGCAGCACGAGAAAUCCUACUAAAAUUGUACACGGAGGCUCAUAUACUGAAACCCUUAAAGCAUGAAAGUAUUAUCAUGUGUUUUUCUCGGUUGUUCGAUAGCGAGGCCAAAACCAUAAGCGUGAUUACAGAGUUGUUUCCCUCAAUCAGCCUGAAAAAACUACGACGUACUAAGUCCAACUGUGAUGGCGCUGUCAGUGGUAUUGAUUUGGCGGCUAUCAAGAACUGGGGUAGGCAAAUUCUUGAAGGUUUGAACUUUCUCCAUAGUCAGAACCCUAAGAUCGUCCAUCGAGACAUCAAGUGUGACAAUAUUUUUGUUCAUAGUGGUGGGAAACAAGUUAAGCUCGGAGGGUUUGGUUUGGCAAUUCGUCUUAUCGAAGGUAAUUUUGCAAAAGAGCUAAUUAAGGGUAACUCUGCAUUCAUGGCUCCUGAGUACUAUGAUGAGAAAUACAAUGAAUUGGUAGAUAUAUAUGCAUUCGGAAUGUGUCUUCUUGAGAUGGUUACUGGUGAAUAUCCAUAUCGGGAGUGUAGCAAUGAGUUGCAAGUAUUUAGAAAAGCGUCCACUGGUGUGAAGCCGGCAUCUCUUGCAAAGGUAAAGGACUCUAGAGUGAGAGAUAUCAUCGACAAGUGUUUGCUUCCCAUGUCUGUGAGGCCAUCUGCACAAGAGUUGCUGAAAGAUCCGUUCUUUUUAUACAACAGUGGAUCAACAUUGGAGGCUUGUACUUCCACUGCCAGUUCUGUAAUUAGUCAUCCUUUUCCGAGAUUACAUUGUUGUGCAAACUAG